CCUCCUCCAUGAAUUUCCCCCCUCUUCCCCAUUCGACCGUUGGAGAUCUCUCUCUCUCUCUCUCUCUCUCUCUCUCUCUCUCUCCCCCAUUCGACCUUCACAAACACUCCUCCGAACCACACCACAACAAGAAUGGGCGAAGAAGCUGUGGUGGACCAAAACAAGUGCGAACUUGUUCGACAAACCCUAGAAGAGGAUCAAAACCCUAAUGUUGUAUCCGAGGAGAUGGAAGAGGAUUCGAGCAACAUCAUCCAGGCGUUUAAGGAUGAUUGCCUCAUUCCUUCUCCCACCCUGAAAGGAAUCUCCGGCCCCGAUCUCUCGCUUGCUCUCCAGCUUCUUGGGACCAAGUACAAUACUCUAUUCAAGAAGCACCAAGAAAAGGUUUCCGAAAUUGAAUUGCUACAGGCCGAGUGCGAAACCCUAAAGAACAAGUGUGUCGAGGAGUGCGGGGCCAGAUACAAUGUCCUGAAGAGGAAGUACACAGAGGAAUGCUCGGAAAGGAAGCGGCUUUACAACGAGCUGAUCGAGCUGAAGGGGAACAUACGGGUGUUUUGCCGGUGCCGGCCGCUUAGCUCGGAAGAGAUCUCGAAAGGCCAUUCUUCUGUCAUCGAUCUUGAUCCGUCUCACGACACCGAGUUGCAGAUUAUCUGUUCCGACUCUUCCAAGAAGCAAUUCAAGUUCGAUCACGUCUUUGGACCAAGGGAUGGUCAAGAGGCGGUUUUUGCGGAGACAUUGCCAAUUGUGAGAUCGGUGAUGGAUGGGUUCAACGUCUGCAUUUUUGCUUACGGGCAAACGGGAACAGGAAAGACUUUCACAAUGGAAGGGACCCCGGAGAACAGGGGUGUCAACUAUAGGGCCCUAGAAGAGCUUUUCAGGAGCUCUAAGGGGGGAGGCUCCUCUGAGAAGCAUGAAUUUUCCGUGAGCAUGUUGGAGGUCUAUAAUGAGAAAAUCCGAGACCUUCUCGCCGACAACUCUGACCAACAGGCAAAAAAAUUGGAGAUAAAGCAAGCUGCAGAUGGGACUCAGGAAGUGCCUGGGUUGGUUGAAGCUCAGGUCCACUCCAUUGAUGAAGUUUGGGAGAUGCUAAAAAUUGGUGCGCGGAAUCGAUCUGUUGGAUCGACUAAUGCCAACGAGCUCAGUAGCCGUUCUCACUGCUUGGUAAGAGUAAUGGUGAAGAGGGAGAAUUUGGUGAAUGGGCAAAGAAGCAAGAGCCACCUGUGGCUGGUUGAUCUAGCUGGAAGCGAACGUGUUGCGAAGAUUGAGGUGGAGGGAGAGAGGCUCAAGGAGUCGCAGUUCAUUAAUAAGUCUCUAUCUGCUCUUGGAGAUGUUAUAUCAGCCCUUGCCUCGAAAAAUCCUCAUAUACCAUAUAGGAAUUCGAAGCUUACCCAUCUGCUUCAGAGUUCUCUAGGAGGAGAUUGCAAGACCCUUAUGUUUGCACAGAUUAGUCCUAGUUCAGCUGAUCUAGGAGAAACUCUCUGCUCCUUGAACUUUGCCAGUCGAGUGAGGGGAAUAGAGUAUGGGCCUGUACGUAAACAAUCAGAUGCAGCCGAAAGUUUCAAACUCAAACAAAUGGCAGAGAAACUUCGACAGGAGGAGAAGGAAACAGCAAGAUUAAAUGAAAGCCUGCAGCUGAUGCAUCUUAAAUAUGCAUCGAGGGAGAAUGUUUUCAAAGCACUUCAAGAAAAGAUCAGAGAUGCUGAACAAACAUGCAGGAAUUAUCAACAAAGGGUUAGAGAUCUUGAAGCUCAACUUGCUGAAGAGAAGAAAACUGCUAGAGAUACUUCCAAAUAUCCAAAGCCACCACUGGCUCCUACAAGGCUGAGGCCUCCUUUACGCGGAAUCACCACCAACUCCUUGCCUAAUACAGUUCCUCAGAGAAGAAACAUAACUAUGAUACCCCGAAUACAAAAUAAAGAGAACAUUCCUACAACCGGUAAAGCCUCAAAUGGCGAGCUCAUCAAAACAGUCGGUAAGGCAAGAAGGAUAUCGCUGGCACCUAUGGUGCGGCAUGUAGGAAUCCAGCCUAAGAGAAGAGCCUCAGUUGCCAUGUUACCAGUAAAUGAAGAACCGCAAUCCUCAGUUCCUGAAAAGAAAAUGGCACAUCAUCAACUAUCUCAUUUAAGAAUACCCAGGAGGAGGUCGGUGGCAGCGUUUAGUUCGAUUCCAGGAACACCACUAGCAGCAGCAGCAGCAGUGGCAGCAACUCCGGACAGCAAAGGGAGAUUCAGAGACAUUUCAUUAAGCAGCAAGUUCCCGAGUCCGCCCCCUAUGUUGGCCUUAUGGCAAUCGAAGAUUCCGACGAUCUCCUCUCCGAGAAAAAGGCUUCAGCUUAUUUCGACUCCGAAAGCAAAUCCAAAUGGCUUGUUUAGUGAUGUGCAGCAGGCACCAACCAGCAAGUUAUGUUUUAGUGUGCAGAAAAGAGUGAUCCUUGGCUCGCCUGCGCGAGCGAGGAGUACUAUGACCUCAGGAUUCGGGUUGUUUAACCAACCUUUGAAGGAGAAGGGAUCGGUGGCAAGAUGGGGGAGCGCCCAACGUGUGCUGUGCACCGAUAGACGAAGAUCUGUGAUCUAAUUAAGAACAGUUGCUGGAAAUAACAAGCUGUGAUAGUUUUCGGUUUUUUGUUUGUUUCUUUUAUUUUACUGCUUGAGAUUGGCAUUGUAUGAGGAGUGCAAGAUAGUGUUACUGGAUUGAUGUAACAUUUGAGACUUAUGAAUUGAAUUCUUUUGUAUAAUUU